AGCCUGAGUUCAAUACCGAUUGCUCGGCCCUGGUACUUCCACGCUUAGGGCACCUGAUGCCAAUAAAACGCGUCGAUCCAACGCCGUACGCCGAUUUUCUUGGUCUGCCACUAGCAGAUCCGAACUUCUUCGAACCAGGAUCUAUUGAUGUCGUCAUCGGUGCGGAUCUCUACGGUCUCCUCUUGCGUGGCGAGAUCAAGCGCUCAAUCACCAGCGACUCUAUCGCCCAGAACACUCAUUUAGGUUGGGUAGUCUACGGGCGCCUGCCCAACGCAUCUACGCUACAACUAGCAACCACCUUUUAUGCAACAGCCACUAUUGAGCUCAACAACUUGGUCCAGCAAAUGUGGAAAUUCAACAACAUUGAUGGUGAGGAAAGCUGCUCUAAGAUGACACAAGAUGAGAUCUAUUGCGAGAAAAUCUUUGAACGUACAGUGUGCGGUGACCGCUCAGGACGGUAUCAAGUUCGAUAUCCCUUCAAAGAGUCCUGUGACCUAACUAAACUCUCUGACUCUAAAUCAGACGCGCUCAAGUUAUUUGCGUAUCAACAAGCUCGUCUUCGCAACGAUGCAAAGAUGAACGACAUGUAUGCAGCGUUCAUGGCCAAGUACCUUAGCCUCGGCCAUAUGGAACCAGUGCCAGCGAGUGACAACUCACAGCCAGUGUGCUACAUACCUCAUCAUGGCGUUUAUAAGGAGGCAAGUUCUACGACGAAGCUUCGUAUGGUGUUUAACGCAUCGAGGAAAUACAAGGGAGGCGUCUCUUUAAAUGAUUGCCUUCAUGUCGGCCCCAAGCUCCAAAGCGACUUGAGCUCAAUCAUCUUAAAGUGGCGUAUGCAUCGAAUCGGGUUCAUGGCGGACAUCGAAAAGUGCUAUCGUCAGAUUUUAGUCAGCAGGGCUGACGCUGAUAUGCAGCGUAUCAUCUGGCGCGACGAGCGGGGAAACCCCGCCAUAUAUCGAUUGCUGACUGUAACCUACGGCUUAAAUUGCUCGCCCUACCUCACCAUAAAGGUUCUACACACACUUGCGACUGAUGAAGAGGCGGAGUUCCCAACAGCUUCAAGGAUAUUGAAGGAGUCGUUCUACAUGGAUGACUGCCUGCACGGGGCUAUUGACACUCAGCGCCAGCUGCAACAGCUACUGCAACGCGGAGGGUUCAACUUGCGUAAAUGGAGUACAAACUCCCAUGAAUUCAGGCGACAAGUGUACUCGGUAGAAGACCAUCCAGAUCUCUGCUGUAAUUUAAACCUUGAUCGCGAAACAAAAGCUCUAGGAAUCUACUGGUUUUGUGAUACCGACAGCAUUAGUUACAAGGCCAAUGUAACAGCUAUCACUGGGAGCAUCACAAAGAGGCAGCAACUAUCAGAUGUGGCUAAAAUCUACGAUCCUCCUGGUCUGCUAGCCCCUGUUGUAGUGAAAGCCAAGGCUGUCUGCCAACAAUUGUGGUUAUCGGGAUGCAAUUGGGAUGAUCCCAUCCCUGAUCCCCUUCAACAAGAGUGGCAACGCUUCAGAAAAGAGAUACCAGAAAUUGAGCAUCUUAAAGUGCCCAGAUGGAUUGGAGCUGCUCCCAGCGUACGCAAUUACCAGCUGCACGUUUUCUCCGACGCAUCGACUAUUGCUUAUGCCGCUGUCGCAUACCUUCGUGUAGAGGAUUCAGAUAACAACAUCAAAAUAUCGGUCCUCACUGCCAAAACCAAAGUUGCGCCGCUGAAAAAGAUCACCAUCCCUUGUUUGGAGCUAAACGGCGCUCUUCUUGCGGCAAAAGUAGCCGCUAAAGUCCUAUCAACAAUAACACUACCAGCAAUACAAACGUACUGUUGGUCUGACUCUAAAACCACUCUCAGCUGGAUCCGGUCAAGUCCUGGUAAGCACAAACAGUAUGUCAGCAACCGGGUAACUCAAAUUCAAGAGCUUACACAAGUUGACUCUUGGAAGUAUGUACCUACUGCAACCAACCCAGCCGACGUCGCGUCCCGGGGAGUUUUCCCAUCUCAGCUCGCCGACUUGUCGCUGUGGUGGGAUGGACCUCCAUGGUUACUCUGUCCACAAUUUAAAUGGCCGGAUCAAGGCGACAUCUCAUCAUGCCAAGGUGAAAACCCAGUCGCCUCGCUAGUAGCAAUUUCGGAUAACCCGAUACCAACGCUCGCCGCAACCCUGCUUCAGAAGUAUUCCAAUAUCAACAUGCUAUUAGCAGUAACGUCUUGGUGUCAGCGAUUUCUUGCCAUACAACUGAAGCGACCACAUGCUACAACCAAAUGGUGCACAGCAUCCGAACGCGCCAUGGCUUUGAAAUUCUGGAUAAGUAACAAGUCGAUUAGUUCGAAAAGCAAGUUACUCAAACUGAAUCCAAUGUUGGAUGAAGACGGCAUUUUGCGGUUAAACGGCCGCUUGAAGAACGCGGACAUGCCUUUCCAUGAGCGAUUUCCAUGUCUCUUACCAAAGAAUGACCCCCUGUUCGUGUUACUAAUCACUCAAGCUCAUGAGUAUACGUUGCAUGGUGGCGUUCAAGCGACACUCAACUUU